AUGAUUCUAGAGAAAACAGUGCAAAGAUCAAGGAAAGAUUGGUCAAGAAAAUUAGAUGAUGCAUUGUGGGCAUACAGAACUGCUUUCAAAACACCGAUUGGCAUGUCUCCAUAUCGGUUGGUGUUUGGUAAGGCUUGUCAUCUGCCGGUGGAGUUAGAGCAUAAAGCUUUCUGGGCCAUGAAGACUCUUAACAUGGAAUUAAAAGCUGCAGGGGAGAAAAGGCUUCUACAGUUGAAUGAGCUAGAAGAGUUUCGAAAUGAAACCUAUGAGAACGCAAAAAUCUACAAGGAGAGAACUAAGAAGUGGCAUGACCAAGGUCUAGGAAGGAAGGAGUUUCAACCUCGGCAGCAAGUGUUAUUAUUCAAUUCAAGGUUGAAGCUGUUUCCUGGAAAGUUGAAGUCAAGGUGGUCAGGACCAUGCACAGUAGUCAAGAACAACCACAUGCAACAAUACAUGGUGCAGAGGAGUAUCCAUGAUGAGGGACAAGUUCAGCAACUUAACUCUCUCAUCAACAGAAUGAACAUCGGGAUUGAUGACCCAAAUUAUUUGGUGCAACCUCCUCGGUUCUACCCAUAUGACCAGCUGCCACCACCCAACCCUUUCUGA